AAUCAAGAAACGUCAAAAUUGACAGCAAAAAUGUUUAAAAAUUACUUCAACAAAUUUUGUAUAUAAAAUAUUAAACAUGUAAUUUCACAACCACUUUAGCAAAAUUCUAAGUUAAACAAUGUUGUGUUAUGAAGGCAAAUUAAGUGUAUUUUGUUUCCUAGGAAGCGCCUGUUUAAUUUUCCUUUUAUUCCUACCAGAAGUAUACUUUGACUUUAUUCCCAAAAUAUGGGGCGCAAUAUGUUGGGGGCCAGCUCUUUAUUUUUCACUCAGCAACAUAAUUCUAAGGCUAAUUUUCAAGGGGAUUUUAUAUCAAAUAGCAAUACGAUCAAUGUUUCUAGGUUACGUUUUUGCAAUGGGUGUUUUUGUGUAUGGUUUGGGAGCUGAAAACUGGCGUGCUUUUGGCAUUUAUGCCACAGUCAUGUCGAUAUUUCAUUAUUCUGAGUUUUUGGCUAUCGCUUACACAAAUCCUGCCACUUUAAAUAUCAGUUCUUUUAUGUUAAACCAUAGUCUGCAAUAUGCAAUUGCCGCCAUAUCAAGUUGGGCAGAGUAUUGUAUAGAAACAUAUUUUUGGCCAGAUUUGAAAACCAAUAUAUAUUUAUGGUACAUCGGACUAUCAAUAUGUAUAAUUGGUGAAGUUUUGCGAAAAACAGCCAUGUUAACUGCACAAUCAAACUUUACGCACCUCGUCCAAGAUCACAAAGCUCCUGAUCAUGUUUUAGUAACACACGGAGUCUAUUCACUACGACAUCCUAGUUAUGUAGGCUGGUUUUAUUGGUCAAUUGGGACACAGAUUAUUCUACAAAAUCCCUUGUGUGUCAUUGCCUAUGCAAUAGCAAGUUGGUUAUUUUUCCGUGAGCGUGUCUACAUAGAAGAAUACACACUCCUGCACUUUUUUGGACAAGAAUAUGUUGAAUAUCAAAGAAAAGUCCCUACAGGACUACCGUUUAUUAAAGGAUUCAAAUUAAACCUGUGACCUUUGUUUUAUUUAUGUGUAAAUACAUGUAGGAAAUCAUCAUUGCCCACAAUAUCAAAGUUUUAUAUUUACUAGGGUAUUAUAUAUUGAAAU